AUGAGGCUGCUCACGCACAAUCUGCUCGCUUGCCACGCCAAGGCAUGCCAGACCACCUCGAACAACUUCCCGCUCAUCCUCAAGGACGUCCAGCUCGAGCUCAUCGAGGCCGAGCCCAACGACACUUUCGUCAAGGGCUUCCUUCCCAAGCUCGACUGGCCCGCACUGGUCAAGACGGCGCGUAGCCUCGGAGACACUUCGCUUCCAGAUCAAGGUCCGGACGCUUCGCAACCGCUCGAGGACGAGGCGCUGAUCAAGCUGCUUCACCAUGUGCUGCUCGAGAUCCACGUCGUCGAAGGCCAGAUGAUCUGCCCCAACUGCCAACACAUCUACCAGAUCCGCAGCGGCAUCCCCAACAUGCUGCUGGCCGAGCACGAGAUCGGAAACGGCGACGCAAAGGCCACCCAGCCAGGAGUGACUCUCGAAAGAGCAACACCUCCACGUCCGUCUACCAUCGCGAGCUUCAACCCUUUCGGUCGCGACCAUUCAUCCUUCCCUCCUCUUUGCGUCCGCAUCGACAUCCGCAUCCGCACUUCACAUCUGCCUCCUCGUCAUCUGCGCCAGGCGAGCACCGCCACAAUGGCGUCCUUCUUCUCCUUCUCGUCCCCAGUCGACGUCGACGUGCGUCUCGACGCAGAGGAUGACCGCAAACAAGUCGAAAUCAAGAUGGACAAGGCGGGCAAGGAAAAGUGCCCCAUCUACUUUGACGGCGAAAGCGUAAAGGGCUCCGUAUCCGUCCGCGUGCGCGACGGCAAAAAGCUCGUGCACGAAGGAAUCAAGAUCGAGUUUGUCGGCAGCAUAGAGAUGUUCUACGAUCGCGGUAACCACUACGAGUUCCUCUCGCUCGUACAGGAGCUCGCCUCGCCCGGCGAGAUGCGCGCAGCACAGAACUUUGACUUUGAGUUCAAAAACGUCGAAAAGCAGUACGAGAGCUAUAACGGCAUCAACGUAAAGCUCAGAUACUACAUCCGCGUCACCAUAUCCAGGCGGCUCACCGACGUCGUCAAGGAGCGCGACAUCUGGGUGCACUCCUACCGCAUGCCCCCAGAUUCCAACAACGCAAUCAAGAUGGAGGUCGGCAUCGAAGACUGCCUCCAUAUCGAGUUUGAAUACAACAAGUCCAAGUACCAUCUCAAAGACGUCAUCGUGGGCAAGAUCUACUUUCUUCUCGUGCGCAUCAAGAUCAAGCAUAUGGAGCUCUCCAUCAUCCGCCGCGAGACAACAGGCGCCGCACCCAACCAGUACAACGAGUCCGAGACCAUCACCAAGUUCGAAAUCAUGGACGGCGCCCCCGUCCGCGGCGAGACCAUCCCCAUCCGCCUCUUCCUCGGCGGCUUCGAGCUCACGCCCACCUUCCGCGACGUCAACAAAAAGUUCAGCACGCGCUACUACCUCAACCUCGUCCUCAUCGACGAGGAAAACAGACGCUACUUUAAGCAGCAGGAAAUCACCGUGUUUAGGAUCCCCGAAAACUAG